AUCCAUAAGAUAAUAUUCCAUUUCCUCCUUCCUAAAAAUGGAGACUCAACAAUUACCCUUCAUCUUCAUUUCACUCUUGCUAUUCCUUUACUUCUUAUUCCGUCUUUUUCAGAUAUCGAAGGAAUCAAAAACCUUAAACAAAAAAUUGCCUCCUGGUCCAUGGAAGCUCCCUUUUAUCGGGAACUUGCACCAGUUAGCAAAUGGACUCCUGCCACAUCAUACUCUCAGAAGCAUAUCGCAACAAUAUGGGCCACUGACACAUUUACAACUUGGAGAAAUUUCAGCGAUUGUCGUGUCUUCACCUGAAAUGGCAAAAGAAAUUAUGAAAACUCAGGACGUUCGCUUUGCAACUAGGCCCCAAAGUAUGACCGGAAGUAUUAUUUUCUACAACUACUCGGACAUAGCACUAUGUCCAUACGGUGAUUACUGGAGAAAUAUGCGCAAAAUAUGUGUCCUGGAACUUCUUAGCGCAAAGAUGGUCAAAUCAUUUAACUCAAUUCGACAAGAAGAGAUGUCAAGUCUCGUCUCAUCUAUCAUCAAUUCUAAGCCUGGCUCGUUGGUCAACCUAUCAAGCAAAAUAUUUUGGUUUACAGGUUCUGUAACUUGUAGAUCGGCUUUUGGAAAAGUUGUUCAUGAUCAAGAUACGUUGAUAAUGCUGGUGACUUGGCUGAUUUUCCCUUCGCAUAAGUGGCUACACGGGAUCAGUGGGAUGAAGUCCAGAUUGUUGAAGGCCCGCGAAAAGGUCGAUGUAAUUUUGGAGAAAAUCAUUAAUGAGCAUCGGGGAAGUCGAGUGAAUGGUGAAAAGGGUAAUGGUGAGUCCGGAGGUGAAGACCUGAUCGAUGUUCUACUACGAGUCAUGGAGAGUGAGGAAUUUGGAAUGCCAAUCACAAAUGAAAAUAUCAAAGCAAUUGUUUUUGAAAUGUUCAUGGCAGGAGCUGAAACAUCAUCAACAACAAUUAUUUGGGCGUUGUCAGAAAUGAUAAAAAAUCCAAGUGUUAUGGCUAAAGCACAACUUGAAGUUAGAGAAGCCUUACGAGGAAAGAAAACAUUUGAGGAUACUGAUUUAGAAGAGUUGAAGUAUUUGAAAUUAGUGAUAAAAGAAACACUAAGGGUACACCCUGCAGCUCCUCUAUUAAUCCCAAGAGAAUGUAGAGAAGAAACACAAAUUGAUGGAUACAAUAUACCUAUCAAAACUAAAGUCGUAGUGAAUGCGUGGGCAAUUGGAAGAGAUCCAAAAUAUUGGGAUGAUCCAGAAAGCUUUAUACCUGAGAGAUUUGAGGAUAGUCCUAUUGACUUCAGAGGGAACCACUUUGAAUUUAUUCCAUUUGGUGCAGGAAGAAGAAUGUGUCCGGGAAUGAUAUCCGGUUUAGCUACUGUAGGGCAUUCUUUAGCGAAGUUGUUGUAUCACUUCGACUGGAAGCUUCCUGAAGGGGUUAAUCUGGAUGAUUUCGACAUGACCGAAGCAGAAGGAGUAGCUGCCAGUAGAAAGAAUGAUCUUUGUUUGAUUGCUACUUCUUUUGGUCUCUCUUAAAAAAAAAAAAAAUCCUAUUUCGUGAAUUAAUGAACGAAAUGCAAAAAAAAAAUAAAAAAAUUGUUGUGUAGCGAAAUGCAACUGAAUAUUCUGCUAUAAACAGUGCUAAUUGUGGGUAUUUCGUUGGAUAACCAACGAAAUAUCCAUUGUGGUAUAAAAAAAAAAGCCAACCUAUUUUGGGCUAAUGACUGCAAAAAUAAGUCAUUUUGGCUCCGGACUCAAAGCUUGACCAUUCAGAUUCUUUGAAGAUUAUAUGUGAUCAUUCUUAGCUUAAUAAUACAUGGCGCUUCACAUUCUUUUUAAUAUCUUUAUUGUUGCUCCGUAGGUGUUUGCUAAUUUGAGAUCAUUGGAAACUGGAUUCAAGAAUUAAAAUUUGUUUGUGGCGUAGAAGAUCUACCUAAUUUUACAUUGAUUUUAUAUAUAGCUUUUGUUCUCUCAGGGAGUAUAUUGUUUACUUUGUCCUAUUUCACACCUUUUAAAUGUUGGAGAGAGCACAUUUGUAAUUCUUCUAAUUAAAAUUCUUUCUGCUUUCUUUUGCUAGGGGUGUUUGACACGGAUUGAAAUUGGAGCUUUGGAACGCCUGAAAUUAUAGAUCAACUUCAAUCUAGUGCAAGAUGGGGAAUUUUAGUCGUGACAGCAAGCAGAGGCGAAUUCAGGAUUUCAAGAGGAUAAGUUCACUAUUAGCUAUGAGUUUUUUUAAUUUUUUUUUUCCUUUGGUUCGUUAUAGCUUAGCGCCUAUGGGUUUUUUUUUAAUUUCUUUUCCUUUUUGGGACUUGGGUAAUUAAAAAUAAAGGGAAACAAAUUCAUUAGAGGUGAUAUAAAAUAGAAACACGAUUUUCACUUUCGGGUAAUUAGAAUUAUAGAAGAAAAAUGAUUUAGAAUAAUAUAAAAAGGAAAGUUAAAAGACUGCUUUAAUUAAAGCAUAGAAUGUGCAGGAGCUUCGAUCCCGAGACCUUGAGGAAAUAAACACAGCCACUAGCCAGUGCUCCACUCGACCUGGUUUGACAAUGUGUUCUUUCAGCUCCAUGGGCAAGGAUGACGCUAUAGAAGUACUAAGAAGAUCGUCGUCAAGGUCACAAGCUAAGGAGAUGCAACCAAGGUUACUGGGCUUCAAUUGGAAAUUAAGAAGAAACUUAUCGUGGAAGAAAAACCCAUAAACAAGUCCAAGAAUUAUGGAGAAGAAUGGGCUAAAUGCUACACAUAUUUUAUGAUCUAAGUCCACGCUCAAGAGGAGAAAGAUUGGGGCCCACAUGGAGCCCAAAAGAGCUUAAACUCAAGCCCACAUGGGGCUAAAAUUUCUGCCCAAAAAAAUGAGCUUAAAUCCACCCCAAAUUGGGCGGGAGAAAGUCACGUACAAGGUGACUUUUAGGAAACCUUUUCCUUAUGCUAUUAGGGAAGAAGUUUGUCAAUUAUUUUACAUGUUUUCUAGUUUAAUCCUAAUUAGGUUUUAGUAUUUAAUUAUUUUCAUAAAUGUAGAUUCUAAUCCCAUUCUAUUUGGGAUAAGUUUCCCCUAUGUAUAGGGGUGGAUUUUGUUAUUUUUAUUAGACAAAUAUUAUUAUUAUUGAGAGUUUCUCUA